AUGACGGGGAAAGCGGGGGAAACGCUGAGCAAGCCCAAAUCUGAGACAGUGGCCAAGAGUACCUCAGAGGUUCCCCCGGCCAGGUGCACAGGGUUCGGCAUCCAGGAGAUCCUAGGCUUGAACAAGGAGCCUCCCAGCUCCCACCCACGGGCUGCCCUCGACGGCCUGGCCCCCGGGCACUUGCUGGCUGCGCGCUCGGUGCUCAGCCCGGCAGGAGUGGGCGGCAUGGGGCUGCUGGGACCCGGGGGGCUUCCCGGCUUCUACGCGCAGCCCACCUUCCUGGAAGUGCUAUCCGAUCCGCAGAGCGUCCACUUGCAACCACUAGGCAGAGCGUCGGGGCCGCUGGACACCAGCCAGACGGCCAGCUCCGAUUCCGAAGAUGUCUCCUCCAGCGACCGAAAAUUGUCCAAAUCAGCUUUAAACCAGACCAAGAAACGCAAGAAGCGGCGACACAGGACGAUCUUUACCUCCUACCAGCUAGAGGAGCUGGAGAAGGCAUUCAAUGAAGCCCACUACCCAGAUGUUUAUGCCCGGGAGAUGCUGGCCAUGAAAACGGAACUUCCAGAAGACAGGAUACAGGUGUGGUUCCAGAACCGCAGAGCCAAGUGGAGGAAGAGAGAAAAAUGCUGGGGCAGGAGCAGCGUCAUGGCAGAGUAUGGGCUCUAUGGGGCCAUGGUGAGGCACUCCAUCCCCCUGCCCGAGUCCAUCCUCAAGUCUGCCAAGGAUGGCAUUAUGGACUCCUGUGCCCCAUGGCUACUGGUUCAAGAUGGCUUUCCCAGGCGCUUUUCUAAACCCGAAUACCAACAAUUCUUUUUAGGGAUGCACAAAAAGUCGCUGGAGGCGGCAGCUGAGUCCGGGAGGAAGCCUGAGGUGGAACGGCCUACCCUGCCCAAGCUCGACAAGAUGGAGCAGGAGGAACGGGCCCCGGAUGCCCAAGCAGCCAUCUCCCAGGAGGAACUGAGGGAGAACAGCAUUGCCGCCCUCCGAGCCAAAGCUCAGGAGCACAGCACCAAGGUUCUGGGGACUGUGUCGGGACCGGACAGCCUGGCCAGGAACGCUGAGAAGCCGGACGAGGAGGAAGCCAUGGACGAAGACAGGCCAGCAGAGCAGCUCAGUCCGCCACAGCUGGAGGACAUCGCCUAGGUCAAGAGGAGCUGCCUCUGGAGCCCGAGACUCUGCUUCUCCCAGGGCCUGUGGUGCAGGGAAUUCUCUCCAAGGCAAGGCCAGGCCUGGCCUCUGUCGCUCUUCCCUACACCACAGGCCCUCCGUUACCCCAUCACCUCCAGGCACGGGCCGGUUCUGGCCAUAGCGUUGGACCCUGCUGAGACAUCUUACUCCUGGGUUGUCCUCUUCCUCAUCCUAACAGCCUGCCUCUGGAGCCUUCUUGCCACUCCCAACAUCAAGGUCCUGCCACUCCAUCCCUUGGUGACGUCCAAGCCUACCCCUUGCUCUCUGCUCUCUAGUCUUCCUUUGCAGCUCACCCCCUUGUGGACUCCACCAGCCCAUGCCUAAAGCCUGUUGCUGUAUGCCCACAGCCUGGCACUGCUGUGACUUGGACCUGCACACCAGCUCUGGUGUCCCAAGCAUCCCAGAACUCAGAAGGUCCCUUCCCGCUCCAUCUGGUCCUUCUAUCAGGCCUGGACCUUGGGUCCUGCUGUGUGAAUAUAUUGCUCUGCUGGUGCGUUUGUAACCUCUGCAUCUUCUGCCCUACUACUCUGAUGGCCAGAUUCAAGACUUAAACAGGGCAAGUCUCAGACUGGGGUCCUCCCCCACCCUGUCUCACACCAUGCUACGGAUCGGAUCGUCCUGCCUGCCCUACAGAUUCCUCCUUCGCAGAGGUGGGCAACUCCAAUAGGCAUCAAUGUAUAGGCCCUGGGUCCUGCAGGAGGGAGCGCUUCUCCCCAUUGCUGUGGCUCAAACCCUUACCCAGAGCUCUUGCGCCCCAGGGCCUGUGUUUCUGAAGCAUCCUGACUCUUCUGCCCAUGACUUUGAUCUGCUGUUUAAGGUUUCCUUUUUGCUAGAGUGUCUUGCAGCCCAGUGGUUCUCAACCUUCCUAAUGCUACCACCCUUUUAUACAGUUCCUCAU